AUGUUCAAGUUUGUGAUUAUUGCUGUACUAUUGGGAGUCAGUUUGGCUUUCCCUCAGCAUCAUGAAGAAGAACCUUAUGUUACCCGUGAAGCUAAUCAAGUCAAUCCCGAUGGUACUUAUGGACACGAAUAUGAACUUAGCAAUGGUGUAGCUGUACAGGAAUCUGGCGUUGGAGGACAAUAUGCUACUGGAGGUUUCCGUCAUAUUUCACCAGAAGGCGAAGAAAUUCAAUUAGCUUAUACAGCUGAUGAGAAUGGAUUCCAUCCACAAGGUUCGCAUUUGCCAACACCACCACCAAUUCCAGAGGAAAUCCUUAAAGCUAUUGAAUACAUUCAAGCUCAUCCAACACCCGAAGAACAAGCCGAUAGGGAGUAUAGACUACAACAUAAUCAAUAA